UUGUUUCUUAGUAAGACACACACACAAACACAUGGGAACAAAAGAAGCUGUCUUCUUCUCUUUUCUAUUAUUUAUAUUUACUUGGUAAAAUAUCUUUCUUGUGCAGAACAGAAGAAAAAGAAACACCCAUGGCUCUGUUUUCUAGCUUCUCUGUUUCCGCGUUUCUCUUGAUCGUUGUAUCGGUUCAAUGGACUCUAGUUUGCAGUGAAUCCACAAUCUUAGCUUCUCCUGCUGUUUUACCGUAUAUCAAUGCACCAGAUAUGUCUUCAUUUUUCCCUUCUCCGACCAAAGACUGGCCAGUAGAGACAGCGACCUCUCCUGUUCCAGAACCAGAAGCGCCUGGUCCAAGCUCAGGCCAGCUUAAUGGGAAGAUUUCAGGCAGAUCAAUGCGGCUCCAUCCUGAUCUUUCUUUGGUUUUAGCCAUUGUUGGGAUCUGUAGCUUUCUCUGUGUUAAUGAAUCAAUGCUUGUUAGGUUUCUACACUUAUUGAUGUUGUAAUCUUUUGUGGUUCGCUUUUAGAGCAUCAUUGCUCCUUCAUGGAGUCUGUUUUGUUCUUAAUCACACGAACUUCAACAUAUACUACGUUGUUACUGUU